AUUUAUAUGAAUCUGAGCUAAAAAUCUAAGCCGCUAAACCGUUUUACAGCAGUUAACUGAGAUGUAUAUUUGGCUGUUUGGUCAUGUCGUCAUCUCCUUGCGACUGCCAUCGUAUCUCUCCAGGAAGCGAAAUUAGCAGGACGCUUUGGCUUUGCUAAGAGGAAGGGAAACGAUGUCUGGGAGUUUUUAUUUUGUCAUGGUUGGCCAUCAAGACAAUCCUGUGUUUGAGAUGGAGUUCCUGCCAUCUGGGAAGCCUGAAUCAAAGGAUGACCAUCGUCACCUGAACCAAUUCAUUGCACACGCAGCUCUGGAUUUGGUGGAUGAAAACAUGUGGCUGUCCAACAAUAUGUACUUGAAAACUGUGGACAAGUUCAACGAGUGGUUUGUGUCUGCGUUUGUCACUGCAGGACAUAUAAGAUUCAUCAUGCUGCAUGAUGUGCGUCAAGAAGACGGAAUCAAAAACUUUUUUAACGAUGUAUAUGAUUUAUACAUUAAGUUUGCAAUGAAUCCAUUCUACGAGAUCAACGCACCGAUCCGUUCUACAGCUUUUGAGAGGAAAGUACAGUUUCUUGGAAAGAAGCAUCUCCUGAGUUAAUCACGACACCUGCAAAAUAUGAAUGCAUCUUGUCUAUUCGUUGUACAUAUACCUAACAUGCUUGUUUGAUGUCUGUUUGUCUUUUCCUGUUUAACACAUGUAAACUGUAUUCAACACAGAUUUUCUAUAAAACAUUUUAUUGUUUGAUGUAA